CAAGAUAAGCUUUUCGGACGAGUGCAAUAUGUUUCCUGCGUCACUGGUCAGCGACGCUCUCAUUCCUACUUCCUCAUCAGACGGCCCUACAGAAGUUGUAUAUGCUGGAGAUUAUCCAGGUUAUAAAUUAUUUCUUUAGCCACUACCGUCGAGAUCGACCGCUCUUCAAGAGCGGGAUAAUCAUAGUGACGGUUACACUUUGUACUAUAAAUCAGUUUGCCUGUUGGUGGGGAGUCUUGAUGAUAACGCUCCUAACUAACUUUUACUCACCAAUGCCCUGCAGUGUUAGGACUUGCAAACUCUAUGAAUCAUAUAAUAAUGACACUGACGACCGUUUCAAGACGACUCUGAAAGCUAUGCAUUCGAUCAAUGUUGGGUGCGUCAGGAUCCCAGAUACCUCCUCGCAUUCGGCAGCUUCUGGUGUUCCUCCUCCAAAGCAAGCUAUGCCGAUACUUCGGAGGCGUAUAUCUGCACAACUCUGACAUGUGUUAAAACUGGUCAAUUAGAUUGGGCCAUCUAAACACCUUGUCGUUUUGUUCCUGG